CCACGCUCCAAAGCAGAGUUGAACAUCCCUGUACCUUCCUCAAGCCACUAUAAAAAAAACGAAUGUGGGGAUGCAUCGCGCGUUCCACCACGUUUCAACUCUGCUCUCGACAAUCCUCGCUCAUUCAUCAUCACAUCGACAACCGCAAGGACUUUCACAGCACAAGGAAGAGUCACCACCACUGAUAUUGGAACAAGCGCCAUGGGUCUGCUAAGUCGUCUGACAAAGGCGCAGAAGCGACAAAAGUUUGGGCGGUUCGUCCUCAGCUGGAUGCCAAAGUUGAGUUACGUCUUGGUUGCAGUGUCGUUCAUGUGGUUACUCGCUCUCCCUCACCAGGACUACAGCAAGAAAACAUACGUCUCCGAGAACGCGUUACUCCCAGGAAGUGCCAACGUACAAUUCGGCUGGGAUGAUAACCUAGCUGCGGAGGGAUAUCGCGACGUUAUCCAAAGGAUUUCAAAGCUGCCAUCUUUCGAGCGCGCGGAAGCACUGCAGAUCGAAUUCUCACAGAUCGGACUGAAAUCAGCAACACAGAAUUAUACCCUCCACACUAGCACUGACUCACGGCAUGGUGUUAACACAUACGCUGUCUUCUACGCACCGAGAAGCGAUGGCACUGAAGCUUUGGUCUUGAGCGCAUCAUGGACGUCAAGGGACCAGGAGACAAAUACCAAUGGCAUCGCAAUGCUCCUCGCUCUCGGAAAAGUUUUCAAGCGCUGCUCGCAUUUCUCAAAGGAUAUCAUCUUUGUUGUAUCGGACGGAGAAGCCGAAGGUCUACAAGCAUGGCUUAAGGCAUAUCAUGGACUUGAGGAAAACAGUAAAGAUCAAUCCGAGGAAACGCUUCGUAUCAGGAGUGGAGCCAUUCAAGCAGCAUUGAAUCUCGAUUUUGCAGGAACUGGAGACUACAAUGCCCUCGGAAUCUUUUUUGAGGGAGUGAAUGGACAGCUGCCAAACUUAGACAUGAUCAACACGGUCGCAGAAAUCGCGGAGGGCAUUGCACCCGUGGAGCUGACCCUUCACGAUGAGCUGGUUCCUCAUACGGACAACAUGACCAAGAAUUACAUCAACUCGCUCAAGAAGAUGCUGUACAUGAUGAAGUAUCAGGCGGCUGGAACACCAUCAGGGAAUCACGGCCUUUAUUUAAAAUAUAAGAUCGACGCGAUAACACUUUAUGGCUUCGACAAGCCAGGCUGGCCAUCGCAACGCUACAAUCUUUUCCGACUGGCAGCAUUGCUCGAGUCUACUGUCAGGAGUCUUAACAACCUACUUGAACAUCUCCACCAGUCGUUCUUUUUUUACCUGCUCAGUGGCGUCAGACGCUAUACCUCCAUUGGAUUGUACAUGCCUCCUGUCAUCAUUCUCGGAGUCAGCUUCAUUUUCCAGGCACUUUCACUCUGGGGUCUGUCGAGUGAUCUGCCUUUGGAGCUAGAAGCCAUCGCGGAGGGUAAAAAGGUGGCGGUUGCGCUUCCUUACUCGCGCAGAGAAAGAAGUUUCAAGGUGCCUGCGACCGUCGUUGCCAUAUCCUUUGUUGCCGGUUGGGCAUCUUUCAUUCUGUUGACGACUGCGUUCGGGUUCCCUGGCGAGACACCAUUGUUGAAACUAAUUGCCAGCAUUGGCGUGUGCAGCAUGUUGGUCCUGUCAGCUGUUUCAUCAGCAACCAUUCGCAACCGUAUUCUUAAGGACAAGAAUUCCAACAUCAAGGUCGCCGAGAAGACGUCUUCGACUUCAGAAUCCCCAGACUUGCCUCCUGCUGCAGACUGGAUUAUGCUUAAGACAUUCAUCCUCGCUCUUUCGGCCUUGUUUGUUACGAGCCUCUCGGCCCUGAACUUCAGUCUGGCGGUCAGCUUUGGCGUAAUCAUUGUAUUGCCCUACAUGGCGUUCAGACCCAGCAACGUUGCGGCCUUCUCAGCUAUGCAGGCUGUUGUCUUACUAGCGAUCUCACCACCUGGUCUUGCCCUGGCAGCGGCGUGGUGGUACUCCAAAGACGUCAGCUUUGUACUGAGCUGGGUGCUUGAGGGAUAUGAGGUUCUGGGAACAUGGCUCCUACCGACCAUCUGCUGCGUCUACUGGCCUUUGAAUCUUGCAAGCAUCGUCAUGGUGCUUUUACCAGUAUCAUGACAUUAAAGCAUGGUCAUAGAUUGUCGUUAUUAGUUAAUUCAACUAUGAAGCUUGGUGACAAAUACAAUA